AUGAAUUUCUUGCGCAAAAGAAGGUCUUCAGAAGAUGAGGAUGAUGAUGAUAUUUUAAACAAUGAUCCUGCCAGCUCCAUUCACAAAUCAAGAAAACCUCCUAAUACUGCAUUCAGACAACAACGAUUAAAAGCCUGGCAACCAAUAUUGACACCAAAGUCAGUAAUACCAUUAUUAAUCUUAAUAGCCAUAAUAUUUACUCCACUAGGUAUAGCUAUUAUUUACACGACAUACAACGUACAGGAUCUAAUUGUCGACUAUUCCAUGUGUAACGAAGCCUCGAAUAGUUUUGAAAAUAUUCCUAAGAAGUACACUGGAUACCAUUUCCGUGGACCCAGUUCCAACCCCAAUUUUCAAUGGCGUUUGGACAACAAUAACACUUGUGUCAUACAAUUCAAUCUUGCUAAGGACUUGAAUGGUCCAGUUUACUUGUACUACAAGUUGACGAAUUUUUAUCAAAAUCAUCGUAAAUAUGUCGAAAGUUAUGAUUUAGAGCAAUUACGAGGGGAAGCCUUGUCAAGUGAUGAUGUUACUGAUAACUGUAAGCCUUUGAAACAUCGUGUAUAUAAUGGAAAGGAAAAACUUAUUUAUCCUUGUGGACUAAUCGCAAACAGUUAUUUCAAUGAUACCAUAUCUAGUCCAGUUUUGUUAAAUGCAAGGAACGGUGAUAACAAUGAAACUUAUGUAUUUAGCGAUCAAGGAAUAUCUUGGCCACUGGAUCGUAGUCACAAGUUCAAGAAGACACAGUAUUCACCAGAUGAAGUAGUCCCUCCACCAAAUUGGGACGAGAUGUAUCCCGAUGGUUAUACAAAAGACAAUAUGCCCGAUUUACAAACCUGGGAGCAUUUGCAGAACUGGAUGAGAACUGCAGCUCUACCUUCAUUUUAUAAGUUAUACGGACAAAAUACCACUCAAUCGAUGUCUAGUGGCACAUAUCAAAUCAGUAUUAAAAUGAACUACCCAGUUGAAGUAUUUGGUGGCACCAAGAGUAUAGUCAUAACUACAAACACCAUAUUUGGAGGCAGAAAUAUGAGUUUAGGGGUUAUUUACAUUAUAGUAGCUGUUGUUGCUUUAGUUUUAGGAAUCGCAUUUUUGUUGCAGUAUUUGAUAAAACCUAGAAAAAUGGGUGAUCAUGAUUACUUGCAAGACUCAAAUGGUGGCGAUAUAACUACCUACAGAGAUCAAUUGUAA